AUGGAAGACAUUCAAUCUCCAAGAAAACGUAAUCCUCAAGAAAAGUUUGUGUCAUCUGGCCAAAGAAUAUUGAUUAUAAAUGCAUACAAACACUAUAUUACCCAAAACCCAAACGCUAAAAUGGUUCAUCUAAAAAAAGUUUUAUCAGAACAACUGGGAAUUGGAAUUGGAACUAUUUAUCAAACAAUUUUGGAGUACAAACGGUCCAAAACAAUUUCAUCUCCUAAUAGAACCAAAAAGUUUAUAAAUGUGAAGGAUAAGGUAGAUGAUUUUGAUAAAUAUGCAAUAAGACGGAAGAUACAUAAAUUUUGGUGUGACCGCGAGUUCCCGACGUUAGACAAAAUACUCCAAGUUGUUAACGAAGAUGAGGACUUACCUGAUUUCUCUCGUACCUCAAUGUACAGAUUAGUAAAAUCUAUGGACUUUGUGUACGUGAAACAAGGCCGUAAUAGCGCUUUAAUAGAAAAAACUGAAAUCGUCGAUUGGCGGAGGCGAUAUUUAAGGGCAAUACGGCGAUAUCGAGAGGAGGGUCGGCCAAUAUAUUAUUUGGACGAAACUUGGGUCAAUGCUGGUGACGUUCCAUACAAAGUUUGGUGCGAUAAAUCGGUCAAAUCAGCGAGAGAUGCGACUUCAAAGGGCCUUACAACCGGUGCAGUAAAACCAAGUGGAAAGGGGAAACGUCUUAUUGUUUGCCAUAUUGGUUCUGAAGAUGGUUUCGUCCCUGACAGUUUGUUAUGCUUUGAGUCUAAAAAAAACACUCAAGACUAUCACGAUGAAAUGAAUGGUGAAUGUUUUCGUGAAUGGUUGGAAAGUGUUUUGCCAAGACUCAAAGAUAACGCUGUUAUUGUUAUGGAUAACGCCCCUUAUCAUUCCGUAAAACAAGAGAAAUGCCCAAAUGUAAAUACAAGGAAAGCCGAUAUUAUUGCGUGGCUCGAGAGCAAAGGAGAGGUUGUUGAUAGGUCUAUGGUUAUUCGAGAACUGAUUCCGAUUGUCAAUAGACUGAAGCCAAUGUACAACAAAUACGUCAUAGAUGAAAUGGUCAAGUCACACAAUAAAGAUAUACUUCGAUUACCACCAUAUCAUUGCGAGUUCAACCCGAUUGAGCUCGCAUGGUCCAGUAUAAAAAAUUAUGUAAGAAAGAAUAAUACCACUUUCAAGCUGCAUGAUGUCAAUCGAUUAUUAAUUGAAGGCAUCCAAAGGGUAGAUUCUGAGAUGUGGAAAAAUUUUAUUAAACAUGUGGUUGACGAGGAAGAUAAAUUAUGGAAAAUGGACAUCGUUGUUGAUGAGUUGACGGCUGAACAAGAACCAUGUGUUUUAAAUCUGGGCCCCGAUGACUCGGACUCAGAAUCUGACUCUGACUCACAAUCGGACUUGGACUCAGAUAACGAUAUCAGACCUCUUUCAGACUAG